CCAAUCAAAGCGAGAUGGGAACUCUCUCUCUCUCUCCACAAUAAAGCCACUCAUUUCUUUGAUUCAUCUCUGCUCUGCGACAGCAAGAGCUCAUCAGUUCCCUCUCUCUCCCUCUGUAGCGUUAGGGUUUUGUUGACGGAGUAGAUGGGGCAGCAAUCGUUGAUCUACAGCUUUGUGGCCCGAGGGACGGUGAUAUUGGCAGAGUACACGGAGUUUACUGGAAACUUCACCAGCAUAGCAGCUCAGUGCCUUCAGAAACUUCCGGCGACCAACAACAAGUUCACCUACAACUGCGAUGGUCACACCUUCAACUACCUCGUCGAUAACGGCUUUACAUACUGUGUAGUUGCAGUUGAGUCUGUUGGCCGACAGGUUCCAAUUGCCUUCCUUGAGCGGGUCAAGGAGGAUUUCAGCAAUAGAUAUGGUGGAGGAAAAGCUGCAACAGCAGUUGCUAAUAGCCUGAACAAGGAAUUUGGGCCCAAGUUGAAAGAGCAAAUGCAAUAUUGUGUGGAUCAUCCUGAGGAGGUCAGUAAGCUUGCUAAAGUGAAAGCUCAGGUUUCAGAAGUCAAAGGGGUUAUGAUGGAAAAUAUAGAGAAGGUUCUUGACCGAGGAGAGAAAAUUGAGCUUCUGGUUGACAAAACUGAAAAUCUACGCUCCCAGGCGCAAGAUUUUAGACAACAGGGAACCAAAAUGAGGAGGAAAAUGUGGUUCCAAAACAUGAAAAUUAAGCUGAUAGUACUGGGCAUCUUGAUUGCUUUGAUUCUCAUCAUAGUAUUGUCCGUUUGUAAAGGCUUCAAAUGCAACUAGUUUCAGCGGUGAUGAUUUACGUAUGAUACUUUCUUUGUGUUGCCACUUUCAGCUAUAGUCUAUAUCGUGAGAACUGCAUGUAUAGUUAGUGUUUUUGAAUUCUUUUGAUGAUGUGUGGAAGUUUGUCAUUCCUUGUAUGAUUUUGUUGUCACUCUUAUUUCGGCUGAUGAAUGCCAAUCGAAUUAAUUUGAAAGAA